GCCACUCAGCGCUGACGACAGGCUGAGCUUCCCUCCGCGCGCUCCCCGGGAGUGAGGGGAUGAGGUGGGGAAGGAGACUGAGGGGCUCUGGCGGCUGCCAUUUUGACCUCAGCCUUCCGGGUUUCGGAGCACCCCCUCCCAGGAUAAGACACCAUCUCCAGCUGGGGUUGGAGGGGUAGCUCCCCAGACCACUUCCUUACCCCCUUCCUCAGUUGCCUCCCACAUCCCAUUCCUGAGCCCGGCGCUCCUGGGCUUGCAGCCGGUCCCUCACACUCAGCCUAUGCGGGAUUGGAGGAGGGAAUUUGGCCAGGGAUGGGAUUUAACAAAUUCCUUGGGGACCUUGAUUCCCAGGGAAGAAUGGCAGUGACCCAGCACGGAUUUGGGGACCCAGGCAGGCAGCCCAGAAAAAGGGAGAUUAUACAAACAGAUGUAAAGACCCAGUAACAACAUGUGUGAAUCUACGAGGCUGGGACAGGAUAUGAGGUGCGAAGAAUCCAGUUUCAACCAAGUGGUGUAUCAAAAAAAGAUGCCGUCUCAAUAUUGGUUUAUGUUUAUUUUCCACUGACCCUAUGGGUGAAGAUAUCCUUGACCAUUACUCCACCUGAAUAUGUUCCAGUUCAUCCGACGUUACAUCACCAGGUUAAGAGAUAUGGAGAUCUCCACAAGGAUUUGGAGAAGAGUCCCGAUAAUUAUUAAAAUUCUGGAGUAGAUCUAUUAGGAAAGGUAGAUGGACUAUAAGGCACUUGCCCAAGAAACUGCUCAAGAAGUUUUAGACUACAGUCAAGACACAUCAGGCUGGAAAGUGGUUAAGACUUCAAAAAAGAUAACUGUUUCCAGCAAGGCUUCUAAAAAAUUCCAUGGAAAUCUAUAUCGUGUCGAAGGAAUAAUUCCAGAAUCAACAGCUAAACUGUCUGAUUUCCUCUACAAACCUGAAAACAGAGUUACAUGGGAUAAAUCAUUGAAGGUGUACAAUAUGGUACACAGGAUUGAUUUGGACACAAUCAUAUGUCAUACCAUUACACAGAGUUUUGCCAUGGGCUCAAUUUCCCCCCGGGACUUUAUCGACUUAGUGUACUUCAAGCGCUACGAAGGGAAUAUGGAUAUUAUCAGUUCUAACAGUGUGGAUUUUCCAGCAUAUCCUCCAUCUUCAAGUUAUGUCCGUGGUUUUAACCAUGCUUGCGGCUAUAUAUGUUCUCCUCUGCAAGAGAACCCAGCGCAUUCCAAACUAGUGAUGUUUAUCCAGACAGAAAUGAGAGGAAAAUUGUCCCCAUCAAUAAUUGAAGCAACCAUGCCUUCCAACUUAGUAAGCUUCAUCCUCAAUGCAAAGGAUGGAAUAAAGGCACUCAGAUCUCCAGUAGGACGUGGAUACCAUCAUAGCAGUCACGCAUCAUUCCUAAAGAAGAAGUGAGGCCAUAGAAAAGCACGUGUGGCAGUUAUUGCAGUUUACUUGUAAGUCAGUAUGCAUAAAUCCUGUUAAACUAUUCUAAACAGUAUCCUUGUACAAAUUACAGAAGGUACUUUGUGGAAAUAAGAACUCAUAGUUGUACAAGAGAACAGCAUUAAAUAUAGUUUUUAAUCCCAU